AUGUCGAAUUCACCAGAAUUCUUGCGGUUCACCGGCCACCGCUCAUUCACCAAACGCCUUACCCUUUCCACUUUGACCGGUCGCCCAGUACACAUAUCCAAGAUCCGAAGCACAUCGCCCACGAACCCAGGUCUUGCACCUCACGAGAUUUCCUUCCUCCGACUCCUCGAAGCCAUCACCAAUGGCAGCUCUAUGCAAAUAUCAUACACCGGUACAACAAUCACCUACCACCCUGGCUUAAUCACUGGCGUGAUAGCCGGCCAAGGCGCCACCGACGGCGAUGUCAUUGAGCACAAGAUACCCGAUACGUGCACCCGCGGCAUCACAUAUUUCCUCCUCCCUCUAUGCCUGUUGGCCCCCUUCUCAAAAGCACACAUGAAUGUGCGCUUCUCCGGAUCCGGCGUCAUUACAUCUGCCACCGACACUGGUGACGUCUCUGUCGACACCUUCCGAACAGCCAUCCUGCCACUGUUUGCGCUCUUUGGCAUCCCACCAGUGCGAAUCGAACUGCGAGUGCUGCAACGGUCAUGCGCAGGGCCAGGCGGCAAGGGAGGCGGCGGGUGUGUUGAGCUUCGCUUUGCAAGCCAAGUACGGCUACCCAAGACACUGCACCUGAAUCGCAGCCCGGGACGGAUAAAGAGGAUUCGCGGAGUGGCAUACAGCACAGGUGUGUCCGCCUCGAAUAACGGACGCAUGAUUCAUUCCGCCCGAGAGAUUCUCAACCCUCUAGUAUCGGAUAUACAUAUUGCGGCCCAAUACGAUCAAGCGCCACUGGUGCCCAUUGGCGACAAGACGGGGAGCAAACGACGGCUCGGAAUUGGCUUCGGCUUGAGUCUUGUUGCUGAAUCCAGCGCAGUGGGCGUCUUGUACUCGGCGGAUGUGGUGGUUCCCUCAUCUGGAGGCAUGGUUCCAGAGGACAUUGGCAAGAGAUGUGCAUACCAAUUGUUGGAGACGAUUGCGCAAGGCGGUUGCGUCAGCCAAAUAUCAGCGAGCGCUAUGCUCAUACUCAUGGCAAUGGGAUCAGAAGAUGUUGGCCGUUUACGAAUAGGAAAGGAGGUCCUGGCAACGGAAGACACAGUCUCACUGGCCAGAGACUUGAAAACAUUUGGAGCGAGCAGUUGGGGUCUGAGAGAUGUGGAUGAUGACGAAUCUGGUGAUAUCAUUAUUUCGGUCAAAGGUACAGGUGUUGGUAAUGUGGGAAGAAAGAUUGCCUGA